AUGACGCAGACACCGGUGCAGCUCCUGAGUUUUAUGAACCAGAUGGCCCCCAGGGUGACGGUGAGCAAGGAGGAGGUGGUGUUCAGGGUGACCCUGCGCAAGGAAAAGGAGUUCCCAGCAAAGGUGAUGGUAAAGGAGGUGGCGGCAAAGGUACCAAAGGAGGUGGCGGCAAAGGUGACGGUACUAAAGGAGCUGGCGGCAAAGGUGACGGUAAAGGAGGUGGCGGCAAAGGUGAUGGUACCAAAGGAAGUGGCGGCAAAGGUGACGGUAAAGGAGGUGGCGGCAAAGGUGACGGUACCAAAGGAGGUGGCCGCAAAGGUGACGGUGGCACAGGUGGCUCCGGAAAGCAGGGCGGUCGCGGCCACAAAGGUGAUGGUGGCACAGGCAGCUCGAGUAAGGGGAGCAAAGGAGGAGGUGGCGGCUCCAAAGGUGAUGGUGGUAAAGGGGGCGGCAAGAAAGGCGACGAUGAUUUUGAUGAUCGAGAUCCUCCAGGACGUCAACGCUGCUCCGGUGACACAGACCUCGGUCCUGCACCUCAUGAACUUCGGUGAGCCCGGAAGGGUGAGACUCGCGAUGCAGGUGAUCCGUGCUGCCUACAACAGGCCGGGCCAGUCAUUGGACGGGUGGCUGCUGUCCCGGAGCAUGGAAGAGUGUCACACGCUGCACCGGCAGGAGGAGGGCAGGAACCCCUGGUUCCUUUCGGGAUGGAGGACGUAUCCCUAG